GGCCAAGGAAUUUUGUGAUCGGCGCAUCGGCACUUCAAGUCCGGCGCUGUCCCUCAAGAUCCAAUCAAGCAAGAUUGAACUGGUUGCUGGCAAUCCAAAUAAUGACGGGUUCCUGAGAAGGGUUCCACCCGUCAUCACUCCCUUUCACAAAAUGAGAUUGACGUCAUGCGCAGGAACCGAGGACCUCAAUACUAGUACAGUACGGCAGUUGCUGUUACAUGUAUCGAGCUAUCUGCUUGAUAUAGAAUUCUUGGAGAUCAAAGAUGUUCAGAUCAGUGACUCUUCGACGUCAAGCUAUUCCGAGAAAGAGAAUACUGCGACAAUGGCGGCAAUCUCACAGUUUGGCUCCAAAGCAACAGUUUUCUUGUUUGGAUCUGCGGCAAUCGGGGCUGUCAGUUAUUGAACGAUUGUGUCUCGAAGAGUGCUUGCUGCGUCAUGACUCUCACAACAGACAAUGGAUUAUAUGGGGAACCCAUCAUCCAACAAAAUCAAGAUUUCUACAAAUCCCAACGCAAUCGCUACCAUCCUACAUUAUUACACCACCACCACAAGCCGAGCAAAACAAUCCACCUUGUAUCGUCGUCAUGGGGAUUGGAGGCAAACCUAAAUUAUUGCUGGAUAUUCCCAGAAUACAAGAACAUGGAAUUUGGGUAGUCAAACGCUUUUCGGGAGGAGGAACUGUCGUGGUGGAUCACAACUGCAUCUAUACCACUCUGAUUGGAAGAAAUGGGCCUGAUCAACUGGUAGAGGCAUCCGAAGCAGCCGACGAAAACAGCAACAAUAAUAUUCAGAAAGUGCCACCCUAUCCGCGAGAAAUCAUGGAAUGGACCGCCACAAAUGUCUUUGGACCAACGUUUGCAAAAUUGAAAGAAAUGGCAGCGUCAACAGCAAUAACAACAACAGCAGAAAUCCCCGACUUUGAAUUGAAGGAAAAUGAUUAUGUUAUGGGAGGGACCCAAAAAGUGGCAGGCAAUGCUCAAUCCAUUGUCAAGACGGGGUUCUUGCAUCAUACCAGCUUUUUAUGGACGUUCCGACAGGAGAAUAUGAAAUAUCUAAAGCUUCCAGCCAAACGACCCGAAUAUCGCAAGGAUCGAUCCCAUGCCAGCUUUUUAAUUGAACUGCAAGAGGCAUAUCACAAUCAACUCCAAAUGGAUGCCUUCUUUCAGUCUCUAGAAGCAGUCUGUCAAGAUUCAUUUGAUGUGGAGCAUGUGACUUUGGAUGAAGCCAUGCUUGAGUUUGGAACUGAUGGCAUACAAGGUUUCUUCGAGUCCAAGAGCCGAACUCGAUUUGUAGAUUUGCCAAGAUAAUGGAUUGAUUGUAUUUAACUGUUUCAAUGCAUAUUUUGCCAAGAUACUAGUACUGG